AUGCCGAGCAGCGGGAGCUGCGAGUGCCUGGACUGCUUCGUGCUGAGCCAGCUGGUUGGGGAGCAGGGCCACGUCACCGGGAUAGACAUGACCGAGGGCCAGGUGGAGGUGGCGAAGAAGCACAUUGCCUACCACAUGGACAAGUUUGGCUACCGAAAGCCAAAUGUGGAGUUCCUUCAGGGAUACAUGGAGAAGCUGGGUGACGCCGGGCUGGCCGACGAGAGCUACGAUAUUGUCAUCUCCAACUGUGUGGUCAACCUUGCCCCGGACAAGAAGGCUGUGCUGCAGGAGGCCUAUCGCGUGCUGAAGCCCGGGGGAGAGAUGUACUUCAGCGACGUCUAUGCCAGCCGGCGCCUGAGCGAGACCGUCCGGAAGCACAGGGUGCUGUGGGCGGAGUGCCUGGCGGGAGCCCUGUACUGGAGAGACCUGUACAGCAUUGCCGAGGAGGUGGGGUUCAGCCCCCCAUGCCUGGUCACCGCCACCCCCAUCACCGUUGGCAACAAGGAGCUGGAGAGCAUCAUCGGCGACUGCCGCUUCGUGUCUGCGACUUUCCGCCUGUUCAAGGUGCCGGGUAGCAGCCGGGCCGGCCCGGGACAGGUCGUCUACAACGGCGGCAUUGUGGGGCAUGAGCGAGAGCUGGUGUUUGACGCCAACUUCACCUUCAAGGAAGGAGAGGUGGUGGAUGUGGAUGCUGAGAUGGCCGCAAUCUUGCAGAGAUCUAGGUUUGCAGAGGAGUUCCUGAUCCGAGCUGGUGGGGGCAAUGCUGCCGCACCGCAGGGCUGCUGUCGCAAGGGGGUGAAGGUUCGUGUUUUCCGCUGGACUCUGUCUCGCGGGAAAGCCCUGAGUCCCCCGCACGCGUCGCACCCGCAGAGUUCUGCGGGGAAACGCGGCGAUGCGGGAAAGCAGAAAGCGGGCUGGCUGCAUCCGGCAGCGGGCGGGGAGUGA